AUGAGGCACAAGUUAUAUAUUGUCGGGACUCUUCAACUUUACUUAAUACUAAAACUCACCUUGAAUAAUGCAGCUGAACUUAAGUUUACGAAUGCGGUCUGCACGUCAUAUAAUCAAUCGUGGAUCACAGUACAAACUUGUAAUCUGAAAGCAAUCAGUCGAAACAAGACGGGGGUCCAAACUGUUAGUGGCUUUUACAUGCGUUAUGAGGAGAUGCGUGCUCCCGUGCCAUCUGGUGAAUACUUGCUGAAAGUCAAUUGGUUAUUCGACAAACGAAUUCAGAUAUCUACAAAUGUCUAUUUUCGUGUUCAAGAAUAA